AUGCCCACCUUCGAGGCCAUCUUCUUCCCCGCGAACGACCGCUCGCCGACCACGGUCCCCCUCCUCACCAGCAACUUUGUGUUCCAAGGCCCCGCUGCCCACGAGCCACCUUACCGCGCCGGCCGCCUCCCGCACCCGGAGAUCCACAUGGACUACAUCGCGGACCGCUCGUGGGAGUACCAUACGGUCUCCGCUCUCGACGGGAUGUCGACCGGCUUCCAGUCGCCCUACAUCGUCUUCUACCCCGUCCGGUCGCGCGACGGGAUGCCCUUCCCGGUGAACAAGUGCGUGCGCGAGAUCCAGGGCGGCGCGUUCGUCGACCGCUUCCCCUGGCGCGGCGACCUCGUUGUCGCCAAGUACCGGGACGCCAACUUCAGCGAGAUGACCGACGCCUCCAUGGCCGACUUCCCGAUCAUCAAGAACUACCUCUCCACCAAGCCCGGCCCGCGCGCCCAGCAGCCACAGUCCUGA